UUUCUGCAUCAAUUAUACACACAACAAACAUUACUACUUCUUCUUCUACUAGGGUUUCUGCAUUUUCUUUAAAAUUUCUUAAUAAUAAUAAGAAUGGAAGCUCUGCCCUUAGGUUUCAGAUUCAGACCAACAGACGAAGAACUCAUCAAUUACUACUUAAAACAAAAAAUCAAUGGCCAUCAUUCUGAAGUCCAUAUUAUCCCUGAAGUUGAUGUUUGCAAAUUAGAACCUUGGGAUUUACCAGAUCAAUCAGUUAUAAAGACGGAUGACCCAGAAUGGUUUUUCUUUUGUCCUAGAGAUAGGAAGUAUCCAAAUGGGCAUAGAUCGAAUCGUGCAACUAAUGCAGGGUAUUGGAAGGCGACAGGGAAGGAUCGGACUAUAAAAACAAGGAGUAGGAAUAAUGCUCAAAUUAUUGGUAUGAAGAAGACUUUGGUUUUUUAUAGAGGAAGAGCUCCUAAAGGCGAGCGGACACAUUGGAUUAUGCAUGAGUAUCGUGCAACAGAGAAAGAUCUUGAUGGUACCAACCCUGGUCAGGCACCAUAUGUUUUAUGCCGUUUGUUUAGAAAGUCAGAAGAAAACACUGAUGCCUCCAAGUAUGACGAAGCAGAACCAUCAAGUUUAUCUCCUACCACACAUAAAUCAUCUCCCGACGAUGCAUCACUUGAAUACAGACCAUCGCUGCAGGAUGUGAAAUUAGAUGGAUCAGAGAUGUGGGUGACUGACACUGCUGAUAACUUGAUCCAUAAUCCCGUUUUUCCUUAUGAAAGCAGGAUUUUUGAUUUAUGCGGACCCACUGAAAAUGAACCAGCUGAGAAGAUUAUUCCGGAUAUAGGGGCGUUAUUAGAUUCACGAUUUGCAAAUGACUUUGGGAGUGAUAACAACGGGCUAGCUUUUCAAGAUGGCACAUGUGAACCGGACGUAUCUCUCACUGAAUUGUUGUCACUGUAUCAAAAUGACUGUGACGGCUCCUUUAAAGAUAAGCAGAUAAUGGGUCUGGAGCCAUCAACGAGCCAGACUAAUGCCGAUAUUGGAAGCCAUCUACCAGAUCGUCCUGAAUUCAAGUUUCGGGCCCGUAGAAAUCAAAAUGAGUCAACUUCAGAAAAUAUCAUGGGGCAAGGCACUGCAUCUAGAAGACUCCGUUUGCGGGUUGAACCUUCAUCUGGCUCAAUCAGCCAUCAUAAUCGCUGUAGCAAUGGCUUGGAGGAUAGGGAAGAAACAGGUUCAACAGUAUCCGAGGCCUGUGACAGCGGUGAAGAAGAUGAUCAAUUGCCUCUAUCUGAGAAAUUACAGGGCGUUGUUAGAGAUCUUGCAAAAGGGCAGCCGUUAAUUUCAGUGAGGGCAUACUAUGGUGGAUUUCUCCGUUCGCCAUUGAUCCAGAUAAUGAGCAUUUUCCUUGUUAUAUUUGUGAUGAUCAUCUCUUUAGGGGUUAGAGAAUCCUCUUUCUUUCGUGUUUAAGUAGACAGUAGACUAUAGAUUGUAGAAAUUUAUCUGUAUACUGAUUUAGGUUCGUUCAUAGACCGCCUACUUCUAUAUUUGAUCAGAUUGUAUUCAAGUUGGAUUUAAUGGGAUAUUGUAGUUUAUUACUUGCAUAUAUCCUAUGUAAAUCUAAUUUUUGUUG